AAUAUUCGGACAAUUUGGUUUGUAAAUUUGAGAAGGAAAGGAGUGUUUAUACAUAUAAUUCUUGAAAACAUGUCGAAAGCAAUCAAGAAAAUAGUCGAAGAAGCGAGAGAUAAUGCCUAUACAGAACUAGAUCUAGCUGACAGGGAGAUUAAAAGUUUAAAUAGUGUUCCUAUUUUACUUCAACUAAGGCAAUUGACAAGACUCACGCUAUCCCACAACAGAUUAACAGCAAUUCCUACGUCUAUUGUUGACUUGUACAAUUUGGAACAUUUAAACCUUUUCAACAAUUUCAUUGAGGAGCUUCCAACAUCAAUAACGACACUAUCAAAAUUGAAAUUUUUAAAUGUUGGGGUGAACCGUUUGAGUACCUUACCUCGAGGUCUUGGUUCCUUGCCUUGUCUGGAAAUUUUGGAAUUAACAUACAAUAACCUCAAUGAAAAUUCUCUUCCUGCAAAUUUCUUCCUCUUGGCAGAUAGUUUGCGAGCCCUGUAUCUUGGUGACAACGACUUUGAGAAAUUGCCAGCGGAUUUUGGAAAACUUAAAAAUCUACAAGUGUUGGUUUUACGUGAUAAUGACCUGGUUGAAUUACCAGAAGAACUUGGCGAACUCACAAAUUUAAAGGAACUGCAUCUUCAAAAUAAUCGUUUGACAGCUCUUCCACCAUCAUUAGGUAACUUGCAACUUGGCGAAGCCCGUCAUGUUUUCAAAGCUGAGGGAAAUUCAUGGAUUCAAGCAAUACAAGAUCAGUUGGUACUUGGAAAUACUCAUGUCUUUGAGAGCCUCAAAUCUGAUGCAUAUAAACAGACAUACAAGAGCCACGUUGAUUCUGGCAUUGCCCCACCACCAAAGAACGAGAAAGAGAAGACAUUAAAACGAAGCAGAAAGAAGGCGCCUUGAAUUGAUUCUAAGUCAGCUAAAAGUGGAACCGAACUAAAUUUUACAUUAUUUUAUAUGACUAUGAGUAUAUUUUUGUAGAAAUAUCUUUAAAUUGGGAAUUGUAACAUAGGUGAGAAAAAUAUUCACUUUAUAGAAUUUAAAUGUUGUUUGUAAGAAAUGUUAAUGUAUAAAAAUAUGCAUAUAUAGCUAUCGCACUGUUUUUGCGGGUGUGAAUGACAAUAUCAGUAUGUCUCUCAUAAA